GCCCAAAAAACAUGUCUGCGCUGCCAUGGAAGUUCCUUCUCCAGGGUUCUCUUUCCUGGGCACUUUUAUAGCAAGUUUAGGUGAGGCGAAGACGAAUAGCCCACCAUCCCCUUAGUGCAGAAACCCCAAACAUGUCUGUUCUGAAGAAAUUGGCUUUGUUUAACUCUAAAGGUAGUGAUUUUAUUCAGUUGGUGUACAGUGAUAAUAUGGGAUCAGCAUAUUCCAAGAGAUCCAGGAUCGGCGAGGGAAAUGAAGGGCUAAAGUGCUUAAUCGAAGAUAAUGAUAAUGAAAUCAGAGUGCACAGAUAUAUGAGUUGCUUUGGUAAGUUUUCACAAGCGCUUUUGUCCAAUCUAUUGUGCGAAAAAAAUUUAGCAAAAUGUCUCCCAAUGGAUCAGGCCAACGCCACUACAAGUUCACCCACAGGCGAAUCCUCUCGGCCCAGAGAGCACGGACAGAAGUUUGAUGUAUUUCUCAGUCACAGCGGUAAGCAGAAAAAUUUCGUUAGGCAGCUACACAGAGACCUCACACAGCAAGGUGUGUUCUGCUUCUUUGAUGAAGAUCGUGAAAGCUUGCCAGUGGGAGAAAAUUUCCCCUCUCGUAUACUGAAGGCCGCUAAGGCAUGCAAAGUAGCGGUUUUACUUCUCUCUGAGGAUUUUCUCAAAUCAAAGUGGCCCAUGAUAGAACUUUCUGCUUUUGUGAAAGCGAGAGACACAACAAAUCCAAAGCUCAUAAUUUUACCCCUGUUCUUCCUGAUUUCACCGGAUUAUCUUAAAAACAUUACAGAAGACAACAAAAAGUGGAUGCAGUUGAAGAUAUACGGGAAAGAGAAAGCCGAAUGGCACCAGGCUUUGAAAGCAAUACGGCCAAUUAAAGGGUUGCUGUUUGCUGAAGGGGGAAAUGAAGUUCAGUUCAGAGAUAAAAUAGUGCGAGAAAUCUGCAAAAUACUUCCAAGACCCUCCCCAGGGUAUCAAGGAAAUGUUUUCUCUAUACUGGCUCCCGGUGAACAGAAAAUUAUGUUAAUUGUGGAUCUUGGCUGCUGGAAUCACACAACAAUGUUCAUCAAGUUGGUUAAAGCAAUACAAGAGGUAGAUAGUGCUGACGACAACGGGGAUUGUACUGUCACUAUAAUUGGGGCAGUAAACCCUGCGUUUCUCACUGGAAUUGUGAUGAAAUUUGGGCCACUUGACACUGCGAUUCUCGUUGACCCCGAGUUUUUCAUUGGGAAAAAACUAUUGAAAGUUGGCGCUGCACACUUGCUUGAGUGUGGGGCUCAAGAUAAGAGAUUUUAGCUGUCUUGUUAAUGUAAUGAUACUUCCAGACUUUUUGGCUUAGAGAUUCCUCCAACUUAGCCAUCUUGCUAAUGUAAUAUUUCUUUAUAUUCAAUCUGUGUUGAUACUUCUAGACUUUAUGGUUUUGAGAUUCUUCCA